UUUUUGGGCGUGGAUCUAAGCGCUUCUGUUUCUAAGAAAACAACGGUGAUGUAUUUUGCAUCGCCUAUUUUACAUGAUCUGUUGGAGUUGGUGAUUUUUGAAGAUGCUCUAAGAAAACAACCAGACAAUUUAACGAUGUCUUUUACUACGAUCGGUCGUAUUGGAGAGCCUGUUAGGUGCAAUACUUAAUUCUAAUCUGCAAGUCCGUUCGUGAAGAGCUAAUCAUAGUGUGGGGGGCGUGGUUGGUGAGAGCUAAUCAUACUGGUCCUCCUUGCUGCGGAUGGCAAGAUAUUUUCGUCCUCAAUAAUUGACUAGUUGCAGCAGUACUCUGCCCACUUGAGCACCAUUUUGAUUUUUGGCCGACUUGUAUUUUGCCUUCCACGUACUUUCCCCUCUCUCUCCCGCAGUCCCGCGUGGACUAUUGUUGUGGUUGGUUGAUUGCCGGCCGCCAUGAUGCGAAGGAUGGUGAUGAAGGUGGCGCUGGAGGACAGGAGCCAGCAGCGGAAGGCGCUCAAAGCAGUCUCCACUCUACAUGGUAUCGACGCGAUUGCCGCGGACUUGCGGUGCGGGACGAUCACGGUCGUCGGCGUCGUCGACCCCGUCGACGUCGUGGCCAAGCUGCGAAGGUUGUUUGCCAACGCUCAGAUCGUCUCCGUCGGGCCGGCCAAAGAGGAGAAGAAGGACGGCGACAAGAAGGACGGCGCCGACAAGAAGAAGCCCGUACCGGUCCCGCCGGUGUACUAUCCCUUUCCCUACUAUCCGCCCCCUCGUCCUCGGUACGAGUUUACAGUCGGGUUCUUGAACAGCAUCACAGACAAUUUCUCCGAGGCGCGCAUCAUUGUCCGUGGUCGGCAUGGAAUAGUCUACAAGGGAGUGCUGGACAAUGGGCAGUACAUUGCUGUGAAGAAGCUUCACCUCAUGCCGGGGCUGGACGAUGAGGAAUUCAAAAACGAGUUUAAUAAUCUUAUGAGGGUCCGACAUCAAAAUAUCAUACCGUUGGUUGGUUACUGCCAUCACACAAAACAGGUGCUUGUUGAGCACAAUGGAAAGCAUGUUUCUGCUCGAGUAGAAGAAAGAUAUUUAUGCUCCGAAUACUUGGAGGGAGGAAGCCUUGACAAGCAUCUUUCUAAUGAACCAUGCGCACUUGCUUGGUACACAUGUUACAAAAUAAUUAAAGGCAUCUGUGAUGGUUUACUUUGCCUUCACAAGGGAUUCCAAGAGCCUAUUUGGCAUUUAGAAUUAAAACCUACAAAAAUUUUGCUGGAUAAGGACAUGAUGCCCAAAAUUGGAGGUUUUGGUUUCUCUAGACUCUUUGAUUCAAUAGAAACCUCCAGCACAUCAGAAGUUAGGGGAACAAGUGUAUAUAUGCCACCAGAAUACAUCAGUAAACGGCUAAUCACAUCAAGUAAUGUAUUCAGUCUGGGUGUCAUAAUCUUGCAAAUUAUGGCAGGAAAGGAGAGCUAUACCAAAUGUGUAGACAUUCCACCCGAAGAGUUUACUGAGCGUGUAUAUGGAUUCUGGGUAAAUAGGAUGCCGGGCACAGUAUCGAAGCAUACUUCCAAUGAAGUUAAAACAUGCAUCGAAAUAGCUCUAAAAUGCGUGGAGUCCAAUCGAGUGAACAGGCCUACUAUAAAUGAGAUCAUACAAAGGAUGGAUAAGAUUGAUAUUGUUGAGUGCUCAUCUUUAGGUGAUCUAUAUAAGACAAGGGAGUUUGCAUUCGAGUUCUUAGAACAUAUUACAAAUGUUUUUUCUGAGAAGAACAUAAUUGGUCGUGGUGCAUGUGGGGUUAUUUACAAGGGAGUGUUGGACAAUGGAGAAGAAAUUGCUGUUAAGAAACUUCAUCAAACGUUGUCUAUUGAUGAUGGGCUAUUUAAGAAAGAGGUUAAUAAUGUAAUGAGGGCCGAACAUAAAAAUAUUGUACGGUUAGUUGGCUACUGCCACCAUAUAUCACCAAUAAUUGUUGAGCACGAAGGAAAACAUGUUUCUGCUAGUGUGAUAGAAAGAGUGAUUUGUUUCGAAUACAUGCAACGAGGAAGCCUUGACGACCAACUUUCAGCUGAAUCCUGCAAACUUGAUUGGGACAGAUGUUACAAAAUAAUAAAAGGAAUAUGUGAGGGGUUACAUUACCUUCAUAAUGCUGUCCCUCCCAUUUACCAUGGGGACUUAAAACCCGGAAAUAUUUUGCUGGAUAAGGAUAUGGUGGCAAAGAUCGGUGAUUUUGGUUUGUCAAGAGUCUUUGAUACAACGCAAACCUAUAUGACAACAUCCGGAGUUAUUAAAGGAACACCUGGAUACAUGUCACCAGAAUACAUCAAUGAACAUAAGAUCAGUCUGAAGUCUGAUGUAUUUGCUCUCGGGGUCAUAAUCAUAAAAAUGAUGACAGGAAAGGAGGACUACUCCAACUAUGCACACACCCCUCGGGAAGAAUUUAUUGAGCAUGUAUGUAAAAAAUGGCAAGUGAGGCUGCAUGCAACAAUGCGGUCCCAUGUAUUUGAAGAAGUGAGGACAUGCAUCGGAAUAGCAUUAAAAUGUGUGGAGGAUGACCGAACUCAAAGGCCUACGAUGGCUCAGAUUUUGAAUGAAUUAAGUAACAUUGGUAUUGUUAAGAGAUCACCAGUAGAUCGGGUGCAGGAAACAAUGUCUACCCAAGUAUCCGAAGAAGUGAGGACAUGCAUCGAAAUAGUGUUAAAAUGUGUGGAGGAUGACAGAACGCAAAGGCCUACAAUAGCCCAGAUUGUUAAUGAACUAAGUAAGAUUGGUAUUGCUAAAGGUUCAUCCAUCAGCCAGAUUUCCCAGGCUACUUCUUCCAGCCCAGAGCAGACGACACAAGGAGGAGGCCAUCAGGUAAACAAGCUGACUGCAACGCCACUAGAAGAAAAGUCGAGAUCAUGCCCUGGCCAAGCGUGCAAAGAACUGAAGCUAAAGAGGAAAGUAAAACUGAAGUUGAAGAGGAACGUAAAAUGAAGAUGAAGGGCGCUGUCGAAAAUGAAGCUAUAAACCCUGCGGGACAAGUCCAGAAGUGGUGACACCCCAGAAGCAGAGACAAAUAAGGAGGGUCCCGCAAGUCAGCCAGACCUCACGCCCCCUCCAGGGGAUACCCUGCCAAUGGCAAUAACUGGGUCAUGUAUCAUGCCCUGGCCAAGCGUGCAGAUCAUUCUGGAUUUGUGAGUGAGUACAGCUAGUAGUGCUGAGUAUUUGUGGUGUUCGUCUCAUCGGGUAGUAGUAGUAGGAUUGUAACAGACUGCGUUGAGGACAUUUCAUUAUCGUGCCAUAUGUAUCGCCCAAACAA